AUCUAUCUUCUGGGUCUAAAUGGCAGUUAUCUUUGGAUGGUUUCUCCAGAGGGAGAUUGUUUUAAACAAAACUCUUGGGAAACAUUGAACUUCUUAGUACAGUUGCAAACGAACCCUCCCCUUCCUGAGCUGGCCUAUCAUAGAUUAAACAUUUUAUGUGUUGUACAGGGUGGAGAAAAGUUGCUCAUGUAUUCCUCAGAGCCAAAGCAAUCAAGGAGAGAAGUCAUUUGUAGAAGAGCUUGGGCAGAUUCUAAGCAGGGAUCCUGGAAUACAUGGCGACUGCUGGGAAGGUGAUUAAAUGUAAAGCUGCAGUCAUCUGGGAACCAGGCAAAGCAUUUUCGAUUGAAGAGAUAGAAGUAGCACCACCAAAGAGCCAUGAAAUUCGAGUGAAGAUGGUAGCCACUGGGAUCUGUCGGACUGAUGAUCAUGUAUGGAAAGGUUUUUUUCCAAACAUAGACUACCCUGUUAUUGGGGGCCAUGAAGGAGCAGGCAUUGUUGAAAGUAUUGGACCAGAAGUCACUUGUGUAAAACCAGGUGACAAAGUCAUUCCUCUCUGUGUUCCUCAAUGUGGACAAUGUGACUGCUGCUUGAGUCCAAAAGCCAACUGCUGUCUCAAAUCCCACAUUUAUAAAGCUUUUCAAAGUCUGAUGCCAGAUGGAACCAGCAGGUUCACCUGCCGGGGGAAACAGAUUCAUCACUUUCUCUGGAUAAGCACCUUCUCCGAGUACACGGUGAUGCCUGACGCAUCUAUUGUAAGAAUUGACGAUGAUGCUCCUCUGGAUAAAGUUUGCCUCUUUGGCUGUGGCUUUUCAACUGGCUAUGGGGCUGCCAUCAAUUGUGCCAAGGUUGAGCCUGGUUCUUCCUGUGCCAUUUUUGGCUUAGGAGGUGUUGGUUUGUCUGUGAUUAUGGGUUGUAAAGCAGCUGGAGCAUCCAGGAUUAUUGGGAUUGACAUCAACAAGGAUAAAUUUAUGAAGGCCAAAGAAUUAGGAGCCACUGAAUGCAUCUGCCCGCAAGAUUUUGAGAAGCCGAUUCAUGAGGUGCUUGUUCAGAAGACUGGUCUUGGUGCGGACUAUACAUUUGAAGUGAUUGGACGCAUUGACACAGAAGUCAGUGCCCUCGCGUCUUCCCACAUGGGCCAUGGGAUCUGUGUGCUUGUGGGGGCACCUCCUGCAAAAUCACAGCUCUCUUUUGACCCUGCUCUCCUGCUCACAGGAAGGAAACUAAUAGGCUGUCUGAUUGGAGGUUGGAAAUUAAAAGAUGCUCUCCCUAAACUUGUUUUGGAUUAUAUGAAACAAAAAUUUAAUACAGAUGCAUUAAUAUCUCAUGAAUUGCCUUUUGAAAAGAUCAGUGAAGGAUUUGAGCUUUUACUUUCUGGAAAAAGCAUUCGCUGCGUUUUGCUGUUUUAAAACUACAAAUUUAAUCUAUCUCACAGUCUCUUGUGCAGUUUUAAUAGCAUCUCAGUUUCUACUGUACAAUCAUUUAAUCUGUGCUAAAAACAUUUAUAAUCAAUUAAAUUGGUAAACAAAUAUGAAAAGUCAUUUAAUUUAUAAGUUGUUGUGGAAAAAGUCUUUUGAUGUGCUAUUAAGGUCAGUUGAUCCUCCCAUCACCAUUGCAAAAACCCAUCCCUCUUUCCAUAGCAUGCAAGAUAGUUUUAUCAGUUGGCCAGAUUCAAUGAAAAAGCAAAUGUGGAAUAUUGAAAGGGUUUAGAUUGAAAUGUCCUAUUGUGUCAAACAAAUGGAAAUGUACUAGUGUUAUUUUGCGAUAAUAAAUGGGAUCAAUUAUAAUCCUUUUUGAAUAGUAGACUUGUACUUAUUGCAUAUUGGCUAAUUAAACAAAUGAGAUUGCUUUUCGCCAUGUUUGCAGCUAGCGUGCCACCAAGAUUACCUGGAAAGAUUUUGUGACAUAUCUCAAAUAUGUCUGAACUUUCUUUGUCAAAUCCAUACUUGGGACAAUACUCUUGUUAGGUCAACACUACUGUCACCACUACCCUUUAGAACCACAUCUCCUCAAAGUUUGUACAGCCCCGACAAUGUUGUCUUUCAGAAGAGUUUUUUAAAAAAGGAUUUUUCUGGUGGGCCAUAAUGCAGAUUGACUUUGUUUCCAAAUCAAAUAUUUAAAGUUUACAUUAUUUUGGAAUUUCCUUGAGGUCCUGCAUUGUCCUUCCAUUUUUAUAACUGGUUCUUCUCUUUUACGAUGAUACAAUGGUUUCAUUAAAAAAAACCUGCAUGCUACCUUGAAGUGUUUUGUGAUUAGGCAUCUUAUAAAUUGAAUGAAUGUAGGAAUGAAAGAAAUAAAAACAAUAUGUUUACACACAUUUCUUUGUUGCUUAUGUUGCUUUGGUUGGCCAUAAUA